AUGGCGUACGUGGCAAAGCAGCAACAUACACUACAAUGGGAAAUUUCGUCCGUACUUGUUAAGAGUUUGAGGACAAUGGAUGACACAGCUUUUCGUCUUAGCAGUCUUCGCACCUUCACGCCGAAUCUCGGUGAAUCCAACUACUACUACAUCGCUCAUGGAGGCCACCGGAAUGGCUUCGUAGUGGUGCAAACCAGGUCUUUUGAGUCGAAAUCACUAUGCUCUGCAUCCACAAGUACAUGGCCUCAAUUGGGCCGCGCCUCCGUGCCAGUAGUGCACCGGCAUGGACCAUGCGCGCCGUCACAGUCCUCUCACAAGCUGUCCUUUGCCGAGAGACUCCGCCUAAGCCGCGCUCGUGCUAACUUCAUCAUGAGCAGAGCAUCCAACGGCAUGGUGAGUACGCGAGACGACGAUGCCAACGUGAGCAUCCCAACCCACCUGGGCGGAUCCGUGGACUCUCUCGAGUACGUGGUCACGGUGGGCCUAGGCACGCCAGCCGUGUCGCAGGUCCUCCUCAUGGACACCGGCAGCGACCUGUCGUGGGUGCAGUGCGCGCCGUGCAACUCCGCGGCGUGCUACCCGCAGAAGGACCCGCUGUUCGACCCGACCAAGUCUUCCACCUACGCUUCCAUCCCCUGCGACACCGCCGCGUGCCAGAACCUCACCGCCGACCGCUACCAGAACGGCUGCACGGACGGCGGCGCCCAUUGCGGAUACCGCGUAGAGUACGGGGACGGAUCCAAGACGAGGGGCGUGUACAGCACCGAGACGCUAACCCUCGCGCCCGGGGUCACCGUCGAGGAUUUCCGUUUCGGCUGCGGCCGCGACCAGCGAGGCGACAACGACAAGUACGACGGUCUCGUCGGGCUCGGAGGCGCGCCGGAGUCGCUCGUCGUGCAGACGUCCCCGGUUUACGGCCGCGCCUUCUCGUACUGCCUCCCGGCGCUAAACAGCGACGCCGGGUUUCUUGCCCUCGGCGCGCCGAGAGCCGCCGACACGUCGGGCUUCGUGUUCACGCCGAUGAGCCACCUCUCUGAUACGGCAACGUUUUACAUGGUGACGCUGACCGGCAUCAGCGUGGCUGGGAAGCAGCUCGACAUCCCGCCGUCGGCGUUCCGGGGAGGCAUGAUCAUCGACUCCGGCACCGUCAUCACGGGGCUCCCGCAAACCGCGUACAACGCGCUGCAGGCGGCGUUCCGGAAGGCCAUGGAGGCGUACCCGCUGUUGCCAAAUGGUGACCUUGACACCUGCUACAACUUCACCGGCUACAGCAACGUCACCGUGCCCAAGGUUGCCUUCACUUUCAGUGGCGGCGGCACCGUCGACCUCGACGUCCACAACGGGAUUCUACUGAAGGACUGCCUCGCUUUCACCGAGUCUGGGCCAGACGUCGGCCUCGGCAUAAUCGGCAACGUGAAUCAGCGCACGCUCGAGGUGCUCUACGACGCCGGCCAGGGUAAAGUCGGCUUCCGGGCUGGUGCCUGCUGA